AUGAGGUUAUUAUCCUUAGUUAAAGCAUAUAAAGUACCGUACUAUAAUCAUGUUAAAGCAUAUAAUGUACCAUGUUAUAAUUACAAAAAACCAGCAAUAGUUGGCAUUAAAACUUUUUGCACUCUAAAUUUUUAUAAAAAAUCUGAUGUCUUUGCACCAAUAAUGCCUGAUGAUUCAGAUGUUAAAUCAAAAGAUUUGUAUGAAAAAGUUUCAGAAAUUCUUAAUGUUAAAUACCUCUCAGAUACUACACAAGAAUUAGAUGAAGUCAACGGAAUUUUAUAUGGAUAUUCUAACCGAUUUUUUGGAGUAAUGACGAUGAAUAUAAAUGAUAAAAUUAAAAAUUUAAUUUUUCUUAUUGAUACUGGUUCUCCAAAGACUUACAUCACUAAGGAAGUGUUAGAUUCAUGUUUGCCAAAUAUUACUAAUACAUAUAAUCCUUUUUCUGUGAUAUUAAAUAAAAGACAUAUAGCAGUAAAUGUAUCUCCUGUUGGUUCUACUUUUAGUGAUUUGAAUAUAUUAGGAACAGAUUAUAUGAGUGUAUAUAGAGCUAAGUUGGAUGCAGAUUUUAAGCAAAAAAAUUUUAGUAUUAAAUUUAAGUCUAGUUAUUGA